AUUACCGACCAUCACCACCAAUAUUCGCACACACACACACACACACACACACACGCGCACGCACUUACACAUGUACACGCACACACACACACGAGCCCCGUAUACACACUCACACACUAACACAUUCACACACGCACAAAAAAAUAAAAGCUUUCCCCCUGACCUCCGACCUCUCCUAAGCAUAUCGCUGCGCCGCAUCUGUGCCAAAAUAUCAAACGCAACGCGCAGCGAAGCUAGUACUCCCUUAUAAGGAACUUACGAUUCAUUGACGUUUGAAAUAUAUAAUGUAUGUCAACACCGAAUGUAUUCAUUUGGUGCCUGCCUUUCAUUAAUGUUAACUUAAACGAACAAAAGUCAAUCAUUUCACAUAUCCUCCAACUCUCUCAAUCAGGCCCUACUGUAUAGGUAUUAGGGACUACUUUUUUGCUGCGCCAGUGAACAGGCCUUUUAAAUAGGCGUUGUGAAUCCAUACUGCCACAACUUUUCGGGAAAACUUUGAGUGUCCUCCCAUCGAAAGGAUUUUCAGGAAAACUUCGGGAUUUUACUUGUUUGUUUCGACUUGUAUCGGAUAUAGAGUAUUUAGAAGUACGAGGCUGGUUCGGUUCGUGAUUUUAGUCACUUAGUUGGCGAAAAUGUCGCAACAAAGGACCGAACAGAAAGGAAAUCAAGUCGUACAUGUUAGGGGAGACAGCGAUUCCGACUUGGAUGCUCUGUUCAAGGCUGCUAUGAAUCCUUCAGAAGUCCCACAUCAACUUCCAUUGCGGAUGAGGAACCUGCCGGCGUCUUUCUUCACACCGCCCGAUCCGACGCAACAAAAGCAACACAGCAGGGAAGGGAGUACGGAUUCGACGGGUGCCGGUAGCGGGUCGGUGUUGAAUUCUCCGGGUUUGACCAUUGCUCACCCUCGCGCACAUUCUUCCCCGGCCAGUUUAGCACAAACUAUGAGCGCAGCCCCUCCUCCGUCGUCCCAGCAUGUUAGACAGCAUAGUUAUGAUCUCACAGACGAACAGCCCCUACCCCCGGGAUGGGAAAUGGCAAAAACUAAUCAAGGACAUCGAUAUUACCUCAAUCAUUUAGAUCAAUCAACAACUUGGCAUGAUCCCAGAAAGUCUCAUAACACAGUGCUGAACAACCAGCCUCAAAGUCGACCACAAUCCCAGCAAUCCCCACCUGUCUCUCUCCAAAAUUUAGGGCCACUUCCACCAGGUUGGGAACAAGCUACAACCAACGAUGGAGAAGUGUAUUAUAUAAACCAUGUCGAGCGGACAACAAGUUGGUAUGAUCCAAGAAUUCGUAAGUAUAAAUUACUUUUGGGUUACAUCUCUAAUCAUGAAAUAUCUGCUGGAGGUGAAAUUUCAUCCAAAUCAAGAGAUGUAGGUUUAGUCAUAUUUCGUGGAAAUCUUACCACUUUUCACCUAUAUCAACUAAUAGAAAUAAAAAUGAACAAAACUGUGAUACAUUUUCUAAUUAUUACAGGUGGAAUGGGGACCAACUAUAGUUUAAAAUCUUCCGAAGAUUUCCUGUCAAAUGUAGAUGAAAUGGACACACAAGAUGGGGGGCACAAAAUGCAAAGUCCAGGUGACUUUGGCAACAUGGACAUUGGGAAUGUUGGAGACAGUGGUGAAAACACAAAUAUGGAUAGCGAUGAUUUGGUUCCAAGUUUACAAGAAGAUAUCACAACUGAACUGUUAAAUGAUGUUGAGACUGUAUUGAGUAAUUCUAAAGUAGAUGGUCUGUUAUGGUUGUGAAAAUAAAGGGAACCAGAAAAUAGUGGCAGUACCGCUAUCAAACAUAGAUAUAUAAACAUAUAUAUAUAUGUGUGUGUAUAUAAAACACAGAACUCUUGGAUUUGGCAGAGUAUGGAAAACUGCCACACCAAAUAGAGCCACUGGAUAAAUGGCAGAAAACAAGGAAUCAUUAUUGUUAACCGACUCAAAUUUGGAUGUAAAGGGGGACAUUACAAUUGAACUAAGUGCUAUGGUACACAAUUUAUCUAGAGAAACAUAACUUUAUACAAACACAUACACGUACACAAGAAGGUCACAAAGCAUAAAAUAUAUAUAUGAUGAUAUCUGUGUAUAUAUUCAAGCAGAUGCAUCAAGACAGACUUCUAUAGACUCACAUGUUUGGUUGUCAAUAGAGAAGAGUUUCUCUCUAUUACAGCUCAUGGUUAAUUAUCCAUCUGUGGUAAUCUAAAAAUAAUAUAUUGUGUUAUAUACAAAACCAAACCAAAUAAUGUGUAUUUCACAAUUCUUUUAUAUAUAUAUAUAAUUAUACAUAUAUUUUAAAUUUCAGGGAAAAGCUAGAAAGAGUGAAUAUUUUCUUUCUUUUUUUUUUUUUCCUCCCCAACAUUUUUCCCCCCCUCUAUUAUUUUAACUAUAUAUAACUCUGGUAGUUAGUAUUUGAAAACGAUGUUGGAAAAGUUGAUAUAUCUAUCUCUCUAGAUGAUUUGAGCGAUUAAAAACUAACUGAAAAAUAAACAGAAAACAUGCACUACAAAACAAUUAAAAAGAAAAACACUAAAACAGCAUUUAAUGAAACCAAAUCAGAGAUAUAUGGAUAUAUAAAUAUACAUAUAUAUAUAUAUAAAUAUAUAUAUAUAUAUGAAAAUCAGUCUUCCUAUUCCUUACAGACAACUGUCAUUUGUAGUUGAAUAUAUAUCAAAUAUUAGGCAUGUAUAUACUAUUGUUUCAGUUCCUCAAAUUAUCUUUCCGUGCACCAUCUUUCAAAGUAAAAAAAGAAAACCAUAUCGGUUAGUGUUAGUUUAUAUUAUAAGUAAUGUUGAAUCUUAAGGUAGAAUAUCACUGCGAGCAAAUAUUUGAAUUUAGUCACUCUUUUUAAAAUCACUGUAGGCUUUUCUGAGUCUCUUAUAAUGGAUUAAUAAAACUUCUAUACUGAAAUUUAAAACGUCAACAAAAAGUAAAAAAAAUUUCAAAAAUAAAUAAAAAGAAACUUCUAAAAACAUAGGAAUAAGUGUAUGUGCAUAUAUAAAUACACCUAUGUAUGUAACUGCAUGUAUGUGAAUAUACGCAUAUAUAUAUGUAUAAGCAUACAUAGUGUUUACAUGGAUAGCUCUCACAUUUUAUACUAAAAUGUAAAAAUGUAUUCUAAUUUUUUUAUUUUUUACCAAAGUAUGAAAAAAAAGGCAUACAAAAAUACAAAGAUUAUUAUUUUAUAUAUGAUUUCUAGGCAGUUAUCAUUUAGUGCUAUGUUGCUCUCGACUCUUCUACUGUGUGGAAGGAAAACAUGACGGGUGGUUAGGGUUAAACAAUCGUAUCUCAUUAUCUAAAGCUUCUACAUAUACGUAUGUAUAUAUAUAUAUAUAUAUAUAUAUAUAUAUAUGUAAGCCUUUUCAUUUUUCCCAAGGCAUAUAUGUCUUAUAUAUAGACUUUCAUGCACAUUUAAAUUAUUUAUUAUAGAGAUGAAAGCAAUAAAUGUCAUGUGAAGGAUAUUUCAACUAAUUGCAGGGUCAGACUGCAUUAGUUUAAAAAACAAGAUACUAAAAAGUUGGUAAAAAUAAAUGUAAUAAAAGAUUAACUAUAGGCUCUAUCAGUUAUAACAUUAAGAUCUGAAGUCUUUCCUAUAUAUCAUUAAACAAUGUAAUUAUUAUAUCUUUAGAAUCAUUGUUCAACUACUCUCAACAAACUAAUUGGUAUUUAAUCCUACAUGGCCAAGUUAUUUAAAAUUCUUAAUCUACAAUAGGUCUUCGGGGAAAGAAGGGAUGUUAUUUAACCCAUGACAACCUUGACAGUGUUGUUUAGUACACAGUUUGUUCUUUACUCAGCAUGGUUUGUUGAGUUCUCUAUGUUUUUUUUUUUUUACCUAUAUGUUAAUUUACAGAUUUUGCCAGGAUCAGUUUAUCUUCAUAUCCUUUAAAAUAUAUAUAUAUAUUUUUUUUUUGAUCAAGUGGCAAUUUUUUUUUUAUUUAUUUAAUAAACAUUAAAUGCUUUAGUACUUAAUCAUCAACGUUAACUGCCUCAAGUAAUUUUACUAUGUCUUCUUACUGAAAAUUCUCGAGAUGCAUUGUUUUUGAAAUUUACCUUGAGAUUAAGCAAUGCUUAUUUCACAGCAUUGCAAGCAAUUAUUAAUUAACCUAGUUGAUAAAUUUCUUCAACCUUUUAAAUUGCAACCUUUUUUUUUAUAUAUAUAUAUAUAAAAAAUUACCUAGAUGAAUCUCAUAUCUCCAGUAUUUUUAUAUAAAAAAAUUCUGGUGCUGUUUCUUUAAUGAAACCUGAAAUGAUUCUUUGUGUAUUUUUUCUAAUGAAGCUAUUAUACACUCUAUUAUAUUUUUAACUAACAGUAGAAGUCAAACUGUGAAAAGUGAUAUAAAAUUAAGAACAACAACCACAGGACAACAUCAUGAGCAUGUUUAAAGAUAUAUUUACAUAUUAGGAACUGGUCAUUUCUUUCACAUACAUGUAUAUAUUUUUAAUUAGACAAAUAAUAAUUAUCUAUUUUUUACUCAGAAUAUCUAUCUAUGCUCUUGUUGCUAUAUAUCAUUAAUCAACUUCUUGAAGAAAAAAAUUAUUAUGUAGUCAUCUUACUUUUCACAGUUGAGAUGAAAUUCUCUUUGCUUUUUUUUUUUUUUUUUCUUGUUUUGUUUUAAACAUCUACUAUUUCCUCCCAAAUUUAACACUCCUAUCACUUCGGAAACAUCUUAUUACUUCUAUUCAGUAAAUCUAUACUUUAUAUCCAUCAUUAAAUUAAAAUUUAAGAUAACAAUGAAUAUAAAAUAAAUUCCAAUAAUGAGAAUUGACACUUUUUUUUCUAAUAGGUUUUACAAAAUUGACCCUGAACAAAAUAUCACACUUUAAAACACACAUAAAACCCACUUACCCCCCAUUUCCCCCGCCCCAUCAAAUGCCAUAUGCCUCAAAAAAAAAUUGAAAAUUGAAGAAAAAAAUUUAAAAAGAGGUGGCACAUAUAUAUAUAUAUAUAUAUAUAUAUAUAUAUAUAUAUAAUAUAUAUAUAUAAUUGUAUCCAAAAAUUGAAAAAAAAAAUAUAUAUAUACUUGUAUAUAAAUAAAAAAAAUUAAAAGAAAAAGAAUUCCACAAAGAAGCCAUUGCUCUGAAAAGUUGAAGUUAAGAUUUUAAUAAUAAAAAAGUACUAAAAAACACAAAAAACUACUUUAUUUUCGUACAAAGAAAAAUCAACUGUCUCCAACUAUUUUAUAGUUAUUUGUUACUGAAUCUGCCCUUAUAAAGAAAGAAACAUUCCAGAAUGUCCAUUUUGCUGUCAUUUAGACAACAUAUAGUGCCAUAGAUAAGUUGCAGAAUGAAAAACUUAACAGCACAACAGAAGAAUGUUUUCUUUCACAACUUUUACUCUUAGAAAGAAUUAAAUUACUAGAAAGAACAAUGUCUUAAGAUUUGAAAAUAUGAAGAAAUUUUUUUAAGUAAAAGUUAACUAUAUGCUGUGAACUCUUGAAAUGGGUUUAAAUUUCUAUAGAAUGAAUACAUUUAUAUAAGAUACACACAUAGGAUACGCACACCCAUAAACAUAUAUAACAUGUUGGUGGGUGGUUGUAAAAUAAAACUUCUCCAUCAUCUCUGGAGUACAUAUUCAAAAUGUAUACUUUUUCACUACACCUAUAUAUUAAAAGAAAACCUAUGUGCUUUUAUGAAUGCAGAUAGACAUAUGUAAUUAUCAAGUUUGUCACAGCUCACAUUUAAAUUCUACACUUCCACCUUCAUUAUUAUUUUUUUUUUCUUUAUAAUUUGUGGUGGCAAUUGUGUGUGUGGAUUUUUUUCCUCUUCUUACAAUGACAUAGAACUCACAGACUUGACUAAGGACUGCUGUAUUAUAAAGAGGUUUCUUUCCUCUGUAGAGGAAGCGAGAGUCUGUGCAACAUAUUUUUGUAAUGAAAUUUUUUACACAUGAAAAAAAAUAAAUAAAUAAAAAAAAAUGAGAAAAAAUAACAAUGUAUAA